AUGUAUCGUUCAUCAACAUCGACUACAAUUUAUGUUGGCAAUAUACAAUCAAUUACCGAUGAUCAAUUACAUGAAUAUUUUCAACGUUUUGGUAAAAUCGAAGCCUGCUAUCAUAAUUGUACACGUGCUGCUGAUGAAUGGCUAAUUGAUUAUCGUUUCAUAAGAUUUUCAUCGGACACAAAUAUGAACAUUAUUUUAACAAACAAAAUAGAUCAUACAAUUGGUCGAAUACGUCUCGAUAUACAUCCCUACGAAGCAGCUUUUCAUGAUGACACACGUUUAGUAUUAGAUAGAAAAAUUUGUAUUGCUCAUACCGACAUAAACCUUAAUCGCAAUCUUAUUAAAAAAGCAUUUACAAGAUUUGGACGUAUAUUGAAUUGCACAUGUGUAUCGUCUGGUAAUGGACUUGAACAUGUUUAUAUUGAAUAUGAAUCGAUUAAUGCAAUAAAACCUAUAGUUACAUCUAAUCAACGUCAUUCUGUUGGUCGAACAACGCUAGCCGUUAAAAAAGCGCUAAGACCUUCAGAGGUUGGAGUAAAACAAGAAUUAAUAUCACACGAUGAAAAUAUUUCGAGAGAACCAACCGUACCAAAACAUUCUUAUUCGGGUCAAAGAUUAAAUUCAAAUGUUGAAACAGCACAAUAUUCAUCGUUAAUUGUUAAUCAUCAUAAUAGAGCUAUUGAAAAUGAACUGCGAACAUCGAAUUUAUCAUCGGAGUCACAACGGAGAUUAUCGGUGUCAUCGAGUAUGCAACAAUCCGAUGAGAAUACUUCAGCUACAAUCAAUAAUAAUGCAUCACAAUUAUGCAGUCAACAACAAUUAAAAGAUUAUGAAAAUGAAUAUGAUUUAAUAAUUCAACAAGAUUCGGAUGAAAUAACCUAUCAAAUUGAUAAAUUUCUUGAAAAUCAAAAACGCUGUUAUAAAGAACUACGUAAAUUUAUUCUCAAUGAAAUUCGUUCUCAAACAAAUUCAUCAUCGAGUGAAGACGAUGAAAUGAACUCCGAUUUAUCUUCGCCCAGAAACGAAAAUCUAAAAAAUUAUCAUAGAAAACAUGUAAAAUCUCAUCAUUAA